AUGACGCACAAAUACUAUUUUGAGGCUUUCGACAAAACCAUGAGGGAUCUAUUGAGGUUCACCAUACCAGGCAGUACUGAGAAAACAUUUGGUGGAAAGACGGUAGUUUUGGACGGUGAUUUUAGACAGAUUCUUCCAAUUAUUCCAAAAGCAACGAGACCAAUGGUUGUGGGAGCAACUAUUAAUUCUUCAUACCUCUGGAGGAAUUGCAAGGUAUUGAGACUCACGAAGAACUUGAGACUACAGAGCUUAGCUUCAGACGAAGAUAGACAGACGGUUGAUUGGUUUACAGGAUUUGUAAACAAUGGUUUGUUUGAGAUCGAUAUUCCGCCAAGGUUUCUGUUGAAGUGUAGACCUGAUCCAAUCGCAACUAUAGUUGAAAUCACCUUCCCAAGCGCGAAAUAUUGA